UGCUUUAAAGAUGGCGGCAUGCGUGAGUGUUGGCUCAGAUGUUUUUAUUAGCCUCAAGUUUGAGAGUUGAAGAAUUGUAUUUAAAGGUAGAUGUUAAAAGUAAAGUCUGUAUAUCGCUUAGACUCGCGCGUUUCGUCGUUCGUAUGUCUGUGGAGAGAUAAAUGGGGAUGUGAUCGGUCAGUCCUUUUAAAGAGGUUGAGUUGGUGACCAGUUUGACAUGCUAAAACUGACAGCUGUAAUCAGCUAGCUGUCCCAUGUAAACGCAUGUUGUAUACCUAGGAAGGAUAUAACACACGAAACCUGCGCCAGAAGGACUUGGAUGGUGGUCAGUAGUCUGCACAUCCUGUUCUAGUCUAAGCAGCAGACAGACCCAAGUCCUAAAUAAUAAAGCUGCGAAACUCAUUCGAAUAAUCACCUGAAACUUUUCCCCCGUAUCGUUUUUCUAACACUUGUUUUCGGUAGUAGAAUGCUAUCCCGAGCUUUAAGGAAAUCACUCUCCUAUGGAAAUCCAUUAGUGGCUGUUUUCGCUGGGAGCUAUUGUAGUCGUCUGUGUUUUCAUCAGACAGCUCUGUGUAAAGUUGCUUCGCAAGCUGAAUCUGGCUUCAAACCUGCUAAAGUAGCGGUCGUGACAAAGACCACUCGCUAUGAAUUUGAGCAGCAGAGAUAUCGCUAUGCGGGACUGUCAGAGGAGGAUCUGAAACAGCUGCUUGCCUUGAAAGGAUCGAGUUACAGUGGGCUUCUGGAGAGACACAAAAUACAUACCCUCAAUGUUGGACAAAUUGUGGACAAUCUACAGAAAGAAGGGAUUGAGGUGCGCGUUGUUAAAAGAGGAGCGUAUAACGAGGACACCGUAAGAUGGGCAGAUGCCAUUAUCUCUGCUGGAGGUGAUGGCACCAUGCUGCUAGUUGCCAGUAAAGUGUUUGAUAAAAACAAGCCUGUAUUGGGGGUCAAUACAGACCCAGAAAGGUCAGAGGGUCACCUGUGUUUACCUGUGCGCUAUACACAUGCCUUUUCUGAGGCCUUGCGGAAACUCAGGAAGGGUGAGUUCAGAUGGCAGUGGCGUCAACGUGUCCGAAUGUUCUUGGAGGGCACAGGUAUUAACCCCAGUCCAGUGGACCUGCACGAGCUGCAGCUGAGCCUGGAGCAGCACAGCAAGGCCCACCGCAUCACUACAGAGACCCAGCAGAGUAUGACACACAACAGCCUCACAAGGCCACAUCUACUCCCUGUCCGUGGUCUCAAUGAGAUCUUCAUUGGAGAAUCCCUUUCCUCCAGGGUGAAGUAUAAAUCCUUCAAACCCCAUCUUACCCUCUCACUUCAUAGGGCUUCAUACUAUGAAAUCUCUAUUGAUGAUGGGCCGUGGGAGAAGCAGAAGAGCUCAGGACUCUGCAUUUGCACUGGAACUGGAUCUAAAGCCUGGUCCUACAAUAUUAAUAAGCUUGUGGAGCAGGCAGUGGAAGAUGUCCUUAGAAUAGGUAAAUCAAAAACUGGUUUGGAAAUUCCUCUAAAUCAAGAGUUCAUUAGGAGUGUGACAGAAGCAUACAACGAGUCUCUGAUCUUUGGCCCAGAGGAGGACAAAAUGUUCUUUAGUAUUAGGGAGCCCAUUGUCAACAGAGUAUAUUCCAGUAGCCAACAAAGAGGUUUUGCAAACAAGGUUUGUGUCCGCUCAAGGUGUUGGGAUGCCUGCAUGGUGGUGGAUGGUGGGACAUCCUUCGAGUUUAAUGAUGGUGCCAUUGCUACAAUCUGCUUAAAUGAGGAGGACCUGUUGCGAACUGUCAUCCUUGAUUAAAUCCUUUUGUUACUGUUGCUUAUUUAUUGAGACUUUGAGAUGGACAAUGCUAAAAUAAAUGGACAGUUAGGUAUUUCAAUUCUGACAUUUUUAAUGGGACAAUGGGGUUUGCAGAUUAAAUGUACUUUUUUGUACCUGUUGAGCUGGUAAAUCUGGAUUUCAAACUUCUCAAGUCUGUCCUUACAUGAACCUCUUGGUUGCAACCAUCAAACCGCCCCUCCACCCUCUUCAGGAGCUGACUUAAAGAGAAUUUUCAUUUUUGGGUGGAAUAUCCCUUUAUUUACACACCCACAUGCCAUCCCAGAUGUGUCUAACAUUCUUUCUUCUGCAGAACAUGGAAGAUUUUUUAGAAGCUCUUAAUGUGCAAUGUAAGUGAAUGGUGACUAGGCCUCUUAAGCUCCCAAAAGCAAUAUGACAGGUGUGAGUGAGAAACAGAUUAAUGUCCUUUUUUUUUAUCAUAAAUCUCCACUUUCAAAACGUCAAGGAAUAUGAAGGUGCAGUUAUAUAGUAAAAAAGGGACUUAAAUGUUUCUCACCCACACCUAUCAUAUCACUUCUGAAGACAUGGAUUUAAUCACUGGUGUCUUACAAAUUACUUUUAUGCUGCCAUUAUCUGCUUUUUUAAACCUUCAAAGUUCUGGCCACCAUUCACUUGUAUUGUAUGGAGCUACAGAGCAGAAAUAUUGGGAUGACACAAGGGUCAGUAAAUGAAGAGAGAAUUUUUAUUUUUUAAGACAAAGAUUUUCUGUGGUUAAACUACCAUGUAACUAUACUUGGUGUUUCAAUAAAAUGUGUCUA